UGCCACGCCAGCAGUGCCAGGUCACAUUGCCACGUCAGACAUAGUGCCACGACAGCAGUGCCACAUCAGCAGUACCACGUCAGACACAGUGCCACGUCAACAGUGCCACAUAAGCAGCAGUGCCACGUCAGCAACAUGACGGGCCUGCCAGGCCAACUGGCCAAUGAGACCAUUGCCGCCUACAAGCAGCGUUGCCUGGCUCAGAUAGAGGCUGAGGAACAACGCCUGCUGGCAGUCGAGGCUGCCCGCGUACAGGCUGAAGAGGCAGCAGCAGCAGAGAAGCUGCGGCUACAGGCCGAUGCAGACGCAGAUUCCCAGGCUCGCCGCAAGGAAGCCCAGGAUCUGCUACAGCGGCAUGAAGCCACAAGCAUCGACAGACUCAAGUUUUGGCUGUUUGAACCGAACGGCGACGAGGCAACACCGGAAGAGCAGCAUAAGGAGUUCCUCUCCAAACUCGUGACACGGUUGCUGUAUGCUUGCAACUACCAACGGUCAGAGUUGGAGAGACAGUACCAGGACGUGACGCAACAGCAUCAGGAGUUGGCGACGAUCCGCCGCACAGUGCAGAGCCACGAGGAUGCAACUCGGGCACUCAAUGCCCGUUUGCUGGACCUGGAACAGGCUGUACCAGGACCAACUGCUGGGGCUUCCAGCAGUGCACCCUCUAGCCGCCAACUGGAGGAACACGUUGACCACAUCCUGGCAAUGCUCGGUGACAUUAACACCUUCGCUGCGUCGUCCACCAUCAGCACUCAGCUGCAUACCUUGAAGACCGAGGUCCAACAGCUGCAGAUUCUGCCUGUCGCUAAGCACAAGUACAUCGGCGCCCUGUUCCUGAACUCAAAGGGCGGAUGCCAGGCUUGGUUGACCCACCUGGCAACCUCCCACGGCGUCGACGUACCGGACCUCAAGGACAAGAUCACAUGGAAAGAACUGACACGGUUGUGGAAGAAGCGGUUCAUCGUCGACGACGCGCCAGCACUCGCCAUCAACCGACUGUUCACCAUGUCACAGGGCAACACAGCAACACGGGACUGGCUCACGGAGUGGCAGAAGAUUGCGGCUGUGCCCAAUCUGAACUUACCAUUCGAGCAUCUACGCCGUGAGUUCUACAACAGGUCCUGUGCUGCAUUGAGCCAGGCUCUUGGUGAUCGCGAGCAGUACAGCACUUUCGCAGAGAUCAUCAACAAGGCGAGAGAGCUCAUCAAGACUAACAGGCCGGCUGCACACGAGAAGUCCAUGUGGCAGCCAACCUAUGUGGAGAAGGUACGAACUGGUCCGCGACAGCAGCAGUUCGCUACAGUCCAGUCGGACAGUGGAGAUAACCCAGCAGCCACUCCAGCAUCAAGUGAUGGAGAUCAGGUGGCUGUUGUCCAGCCGCGAAGCACCAAGUCCCGCAACAAUGGGAAGGCGAAAUCCGCAUCGCAGGCCGGAAAUGGACAGCCAGGACAGUUUCCAUGGGUCAAGUUUGGCUUGACCGAGGCGGAGUACAAGGUCCGCGGCCGUGAGGCGACUCCACCUUCUACUCCGCCAGAUUCGGCCGCCUUGCUAGCGGCCUACUGCACAUCUGGGGAGGAUGCGAAUGUCGCAAGUCCUCGGUACGCUUACGAGGAUUAUGUUGUCCACUUGGUUCCACCGCUGGACCAACCGCUCCACGUGCAACAAUCCAUCGCAUGCACGGUUUCAUCACCAUCGGCAACCGAUUCGGCAGCUUCGCCGCAAUCUAUCGUCGGGGAUUCGACGUCAUGGUCAAGACUUGAAGAGCUCGACCCAUUGACGUUCACGGACUUCCAAUGGAUGCCCGUUCCCUCGACCGGACGAUUGCUGAAACCGCAUUGCAGCGUGCUUAUGGCACAAUUGCGGGACUACUUGCACACUGCAGUACCAGCUCCGUUGAUGGACGCCGGAGCAGAGGUUGUCGACCUUCUCGCGUACAUCGCGAAGAUCGACCGCGAGUUCAAGACGCAACGGUACGACGACAUCGACGCACCAUUGCUAUACAUACGCAUUCAGAUCGGAGAGGCGACCUGCAGUGCCUUGAUCGAUUGCGGAGCAUCUCGCAACUACAUCAGCCAGGACUUCAUGGUACGCGCCGGCCUUGGCCCACGCGUCCAGAGGAAGUCCCAGCCUACGCAAGUCACCCUGGCAGACGGUCAUACGCACAAGUCCAUCGACCGGUGCAUUGACGCCGUCCCAAUGUACUUUGCCCCUCACACAAGUGAGGCGGUGUCCUUUGACAUUUUGGACACCAAAUUCUACAUGAUCUUGGGCAUGGCAUGGCUGCGAAGCAAGGAUCACCUGGUGAACUUCUUCAACCGCACCGUUCACGUUCGUGACCAGAACGGAGUAUUAGUUUCAUGCACGGUGCCUCUUCCUCAUCCUUCGAUCAGCUGCCACGUGGUAACCGCCGCAAGCAUGCGAGCUUCCAUCAUCAGAGACGACAUCGAGGAGAUGGGGGUCCCCAAUCCUCCAGAGGCCAGACUGAAACCUCUGGACAAGCAGCAGUUAAUGUCUCGCUGGAAACUCAUGGCGAAAAGGAUCGGAAGCCAGAUCCAGCUGAAGGACAAGGAUCAAAAUCGAGGUUUAACGAACAGGUCGAUCAAGGAAAAGGAUGCCAAUGGUGGGAAUGGAAGAAAUCGGACUACCGACCAAGGCCACGGACAAGCGGGCACAGAUGUUGAACAGGGAAGGACUCUUAUGAUAUCCAGCUCUGGAUUGAAAUUCGAACCUGUCACAUUGUCAUUCCACGGUUUGUGCUACGAGAUAGACAUUCCAGGAAUCAGGCAUCCUAGGAUCCUUCUCAACCAUGUGUCCGGCUAUGCCAAGCCAGGAACAAUGACAGCACUGAUGGGAAGCAGUGGAGCUGGCAAGACCACUCUCCUUGAUGUGCUUGCUGGGAGGAAGACCAUUGGCCGAAUCAAUGGAGAGAUUCUCGUUAAUGGAUAUCCUGUGGUUCAGCAGACUUAUGCUCGGAUCCGAGGAUAUGUUGAGCAGAAUGACAUUCACACCCCCUUUGCCACAGUUCGGGAGUCUUUGGAAUUCAGUGCAACACUUCGCCUGCCAAGAGGGACACCAGCAAAAAUAAGGCGAGACUAUGUUAAAGAGGUGAUGGACUUGCUUGAUCUUCACCCCAUUGCUAACCAUCUGGUGGGUAUAAGAGGGGAUGGAGGCCUUUCGAUAGAACAAGCGAAAAGGCUAACAAUCGCUGUGGAACUGGUCGCAAAUCCAAGCAUAUUGUUCCUUGAUGAGCCAACGAGUGGACUGAGCAGUCGAGCUGCUCAAAGUGUGAUCACUGGCAUACAGAACAUAGUUGCAACGGGCCGAAGUGUCAUUUGCACCAUUCAUCAGCCAAGUAGACGCUUGUUCCUGGCUUUCAAUCAAUUGCUGUUAAUGAAGACAGGAGGAGAGGUGGUUUACUUUGGUCCUCUUGGACACGAUGGCAGAGAUCUUUUGGACUACUUCGAAUCACUUCCUGGUAUUCCGAAAUGCAGGAAUGACCAGAAUCCAGCCUCCUACAUGCUUGAAGUGGUGGGAGCGGGUAUUGGCCAUGCUGCACCACGGGACUUUGUGCAGGAUUAUCAGAGGAGUGAACUAGCUCAGCGAAAUGAGGAGACUCUGACUCACCUCAGGCAUGGAAAGGGAAAGCUGGGCUAUAAUCCAACGGCGAAGGGGUACGCAGCCUCACCAGGAUUGAUGGGUCUCACCAUUUUCAAGAGAAUGUUUCGAACGUAUUGGCGAAAUGUUUCUUACAGCGUUGGGAGGAUCAUGUUCCAUAUUGGCUUGGGUCUUCUUUUGGGAACUACUUAUGUCCGGAUCCAUGGCAAGAUGCGCGUAGACCUUCCGACAGUACUUUCAAUGGGCGGCUUGAUUUACAUUGCAUUGGUGUUUAUUGCAAUGGUAAAUGCUAACAACGUCAUUCCGCAGGUAAACUACGAGCGGCCAGUGUACUACCGGGAGCAAGCGUCCAAUAUGUAUUCCACAUUCUUGUACAAUGUUUCAUGGGGUUUUGCUGAGACAGCAACAAUUAUAAUUCCCAUCGUCUCCAACAUAUGGAAUAUAAUGUCUGGCUUUAUGAUCCCAAAGAAGAGCAUUCCCAACUUCUACAUCUGGCUUUUCUGGGUGAAUCCUACACAAUACGCAUUGAAUGCGCUCACUUCGAUCGCAUUCUAUUGUGACGUUCAAAAGAAUCCUAACUGCCCGAAGCUGAAGGAGACGGAUGCUUAUGUGUGGCCAACGAUGAAAGCAGCACGGUCUCUGGACUACAGCAGACGCUAUAUCGACAUGCUGGCACUGCUUUUAUUCAUGGCUGCGUUCCGUGCUCUUGCCUACGUUGCUCUGAAGUUCAUGAAGUACAACAGACGGUGAAAGCAGGACAAACAAGUGCCAAGUCAGACUUGCGAAAGUUUGACCCGUCAAUGCCACGAUGUAUACACGCAUGGAAAAGGGGAAGUAGCCGGGCCUGACUCCGUAAUGGCUUUAGGUGUUUCGGCGGGUCAGCUAGAAGGAAGGAUAGAGGCAGUUGGUUUGCGCUGAGCGAUAGCCACGGCUGAGCUGGGCUCGGCUGAGGGAUGGCCAAGGUCUAGGUCUGGAUUAGAUGAGGGAUAGGCUGUGGUUGAGCUGUGACAUAACCACAGCCGGGCCGGACUGAGGCAUAGAUAGCCCAGAACUCCAGCAACAUUUGCUGUAACAUGGUGAUCCUCAGGUGCUCAGAAUUUUAACAACAUAUUGCUGAAGUUCGGAGGAUUGGAGCGACAUGAACAUAUUGCUGAGGUUUGCAUUUGAUGUUUGAACACUUGGCCCACUUUUACU